ACAACCAUGAAGACUUUUCUGAUUGCCCUGCUGGUGACAGCCCUAUGUGCCGAGCGAGCUUCCUCACUGUUUUGCUACACAUGUGACAACGAGCACUCCAACUGGAACUGCCUUAAAACCUAUAAGUGUGAAGACCAUGAGAAAUACUGUGUAACCACAUACAGCUCUGCUGGGUUUGGCAAGGACAUCGGACACCGCAUCACCAAGAAAUGUUCUGUAGACUGCCCUGAGACGAAUGUGAACUUCGGUAUGGCAGCUUAUUCUACCAAAUGCUGUAGUACCUCCCUGUGCAAUUUCAGUGGUGCCAACAGCAUAAAAAUCAGCUAUGCUGUAAUGUUCCUGGGAGUUGUGGCCAGCCUGAUCUGUGUCAUCAGGGCAGGAUUGUGAUGAGGUGUGGAAGAAGAUGUGACGACCCAACAAGGUAUUCCCUAACUGAGAAACCAACAUCCUCUGUCAAGUGUCUCCAACAGGGUCUAUGGUACCCUGUUUUUUCCAAGAUAUUGCUUCAGAUCCCAUCCACAAAAUGGCACAGCAGUAUAGCUCCUAUUUUUUCUCCUGUAUUAUUUGUUGUUUUGUACUGAUUUUCCCUGGGAAAGCUCUUUUGAUAGCAUGUGUGUGACA